AAUCAAUUCCUUGGUUACCUCUUCCAUUCGUGGAAAACACUUUCCAUGAAGAAAUUGGUAUUUGGCAAUGGUAAAGAGCAGCAUUAAGUGCACCACUGUGCCAUUGUACCACUUUUUUCUAAAUGAAGACUGCAGUUACCAUAAUUUUAGCCAACUCAUUCAUUCAAACCCUCUCUGAAAGUACCUACAAGGCUACAACUUCUUUGUUCUGGUUUCAUUUUUCAGUACUAAAAAAGAUGGUAAAAAUGCGUGUCAUGGUUCCGGCAGAGGACGUUGACUUGUCCACCGUCAAGUACGAGCCUGAAACAAUCCAAGCUCCGCAUUUGACGGGGUCGGUGUUCAAGCUGUUUGUUAGGAUAGUGGAAUCAAGGGUGUUGGGUUCUCUGAUUGUGUCUCACUUGAAAAGGCAAAAUAAAAUGGUUGAGAUGUUGCGGAAUACUGUCAUACCUGAGGCUCCCAUGUUUAAACCUGAAUUCCCUCCUCAAGAACCAGAACAUGGGGUUGUUGUCCUUAAAGAAUACGGAAAACCUGAGGACCGAGUUGAAUCAGCCUUAAAGUGUCUUCCACAUUAUGAUCCUGCCAGCCGUGGGAAUGUGGAACCAGCUUCAUCAUUCCGGUAUUGGAAGAUACGUGAUUAUGCCCAUGCUUAUCGGUCUGGGCUUGUGACCCCAUCUAUGGUGGCAGAGUACAUCAUCCCAGUUAUCAAAGAGUUCAGCAGCAAGAAACCCCCAACACCAUUAUUGAUUUCCUUUGAUGCUGAGGAAGUCAGGAAGCAGGCUGCAGCCUCUACACAAAGGUUUGAGGAAGGAAAACCAUUAUCUAUAUUGGAUGGGAUUUUCAUGGCAAUCAAGGAUGACAUAGAUUGCUUCCCUCAUCCAUCUAAGGGUGCAAGUACAUGGAUGCAUGAGUUUCGCUCUGUUAACAAGGAUUCAGUUUCUGUUUCAAAAUUGCGUAGCUGUGGUGUAAUCUUUUUAGGGAAGGCAAAUAUGCAUGAGUUCGGCAUGGGUACAACAGGAAAUAAUCCAAAUUAUGGAACAACAAGAAAUCCUCAUGCACCUGAAAGGUAUACUGGUGGAUCUUCCUCAGGUCCAGCAGCAAUUGUAGCUUCUGGACUAUGUUCUGCUGCACUUGGAACAGACGGUGGAGGUUCCAUUCGUAUUCCUUCAUCCCUUUGUGGUGUAGUGGGCUUAAAGUCAACUUAUGGACGGACAGAUAUGAAAGGAUCAUUAUGUGGUAAAGGGACCGUGGAAAUUAUUGGACCAAUUGCGACAACAGUGGAGGAUGUCAUGCUAGUGUAUGCAGCAAUCUUGGGCUCCUCUCCUGCAGAUAGAAUCAGUUUGAAACCGUCUGAACCUUGUUUGCCAAUACUGUCAUCAAAUGACAGUUUAAAUGCUUUGGGAUCUUUGCGGCUGGGAAAAUACACAGCGUGGUUUAAUGAUGUAAAUUCGACUGAUAUCUCUGAUAAGUGUGAAGAUAUUCUAGAUCUGCUGUCAAAAACUCAUGGUUGUGAAAUGGUGGAGAUUGUUAUACCUGAGCUAAAUGAAAUGCGUACUGCUCAUCUUGUUUCAAUUGGAUCUGAAAUGCUGUCUUCUGUGAAUCCUUAUUGUGAAGAAGGGAAAGGGGUGAGGUUUAAUUAUGAUACUCGUACUAGCAUGGCACUUUUUCGAUCAUUUACUGCAACAGACUAUGUGGCUGCCCAGUGUUUUAGGCGAAGGCUUAUGUACCAUCACAUGGAGAUCUUCAAGAAGGUUGAUGUCAUAGUGACCCCAACAACUGGCAUGACAGCUCCCAUAAUACCUCCUAGUGCACUUCAGUUGGGGGAGACAGAUAUGCAGGUUACAGGUGAUCUUAUGCGGUUUAUCAUUGCAGCAAAUCUUCUUGGACUUCCUGCCAUUUCUGUGCCUGUCGGUUAUGAUAAGCAAGGACUUCCAAUAGGUUUGCAACUGAUAGGCCGUCCAUGGGGUGAAGCUUCACUUUUGCGUGUGGCAUUUGCAAUAGAGGAAUUGUGUGCAAAGUCUAGGAAAAAGCCUGCAACUUUUUAUGAUGUUCUGAAGACUAAUUAAAGUGCUGUGGCUUACUGUUGCUGUUUAAUGUUUAUACAUUGCCACAGCUCUUACUGCUGUGGUUGUCAAUAUCAAAAGACAUAUGUUACCUUGCUAAACCAAUUUGUCUAUAUCCAACAUCAAUCCAAAUGGGACAAUCACGAUUGGAUUAAUAACGGCUGGGAACGUAUUGUUAAUUUUUUUUUUCCUUCUUUUAAUAAUAUAAUAUAAGCAAGCUAUUGUUGAUUA